CACAAUUUACCUUCAGGAUGAACUCAAUAAAACACUGAGUGCCACAUUCCUACAAACUUCCCAACCAAUCGAUUUACACUAUUUGAGGAUUGAAAUCAAAGCGCCUGUUUCCACUCUUGCGUUUCAGUCAGAUGGGCGAGGACUUCAAGUCAGAAGAUAUACUUGGAUUUAAACUUGAUAGGUGUAUUUCCGAUACCUUGAUUAAAACAGGUGCUGGUUUAUUUGGGGGAAUCAUAUGUUCCGUGGUGCUUGCUAAAAGGCGUCCAUGGCCACUUAUCUUCGGGACUGGUUUCGGUCUCGGAAUGGGAAUUUCCAACUGUAAUAAUGACUUUAAACAACCGCUUCCUUUAGUUUCUCACCGUAUUGUGAGUUCAAAUCAAGUUCCGGAUGAAAAGAUAGACACAUAGUAUGAUGGAACAACACUCCUAGUCUGUAUUUAAACCAAAUUGUAUUUUUAGAAAUGACUUUCAACUCGUAGAUUGUUAUGUGAAUAAAGUUUAUUCUAAAACUCCAAGUUCUGUUUGGAUUUAAUUAGUACUAUUAUAACUAUGUUUGGGGUGCAUGUAUGGGUUUCUUAUUUUUACUACACCAAGCAAGUACGUGUCAUGCAUAAUUAAGCCAUAUUUUACCCACAGUUAAUCUGUAAAAAUAAUUUUAACAAUUAGUUUCGGCUGGUUUUGUUUUUUUGGUAAUUUUCGACUCAUUGUUACGCCUUUAACGUGUUUGUUUGCAAACAGUGUAGACCAGCAGAUCAUCAAAGGCAUUGUUUCGAUAUUUGUAUUUUACAAUCCGAUGACACGAUAACUUGUAAUAGGCUCUUAAGUAAAAUUAUUUUAACUCAUCUAUGCUCCAUUACUUAGAUUUUAAUAAUACUUGAAGGCAUAAUGCGAGUGGGGAAAAUUUAUUGGACCGGAUUUGCCUUAGCAUCAGAUGCAAAUUCAGAUUUAUGUAUGAAGGACAGAAGCUCGAAAAUAUAACUUAGUUCUCCAGGAUACUUCUGCAUGUCUGAUAUUCUCUUGAGUAAGUCCAACAAAGGUACAAAUAUCAUGUUUUCUAGUAGUAGGUUUUAAGAGUCGAUCAUUCAGUAGGGAAAUCUGCGCUCCACUGGUAUAUGGUCCGCUCUGGGAUUUUGAAACCUUUCUUUUUCUCUGAUUCGUCCUUAUUUAGUCAGAAAGAAAAAAAGAUAUAUCUGAUUUAGAACCUACACUCGUUAUUCCAUACAUCAUUUUCGGUUGCCUCAGUUGACGGUAGGUUGAUUGAAAGGCAUCUAAGCCCUUUCAAAAUCUCGUUAUUCUCGGUCAGGUGAAUGUUUCUGAAAAUUAGCGUCGCCUUUGAAUGGGAAUUAAUGGUGUGCGUGCCGUUGUCUAAUUCGAAUCUUACUAUUUCUGCAUGAAGCGUUGCGUUCCUGUUAAAGGUUUUAAAGGAUUUUUAGGUUAGGGAGAGCUUCCACGAUGUUAAAAAGUCCUCACCCUAUUUUAAAUAGGACCAAUAAGACCCAAACAAAGAAGCUAUGCGGACUACAAUUUCCAGAACACCGUAGGUUCUGGUGCAAAUUCUUACUGGUUAAAUAUAAUCUUGAAGCGAUUAGGAGAAAGUUAGGUGGUUAAUGCACGUUCAUAGCUUAACUCCUACAUAAUAGUUGUUUCAUUAUAUGUAUGUGUAUGUGUAAUGCAUCUUAACCUUUUCAUUGGUGUUGUAACGUGUGACUUGCAGGUUUUAGUAAGCAGCGUUUUAUCGAUCGAUCACAGUAACACGGAAAACACGUAUGGACGACCUAGUGCCCUGAUUGGCCCUGCUUCGCUGUCUAUCCCAGCCAGCUGAGUCUAGAACACAAGUCACAGCCUCUGAGAUAUGAAUCGUUGUAUUUCAGACAUACUCUAUUUAUAUACUAAUCAAACAAACCACAUCGUACCAUAAAAUAGAAAACAACAUUUACACAAUAUUUAACAAGUGAAACAAACAUCGACCAAUGGGAAAUGUCCAUUUGACGUUCAAGGACACCAUUCGACUUAACACGAUAAUUAUUGGCAUAUUCCUCUGCAUACCUAACAAUUGGACUAAAGUGUAGCAACAAUUUAUUAUCACCACUUAGUGCUCUAUUCAUAACUUAGACAUUAUACGGUAUCCCCACUAUAUUUGACUAGUGUUUCAGAAACACCUACGACCAAACGAAUGCAACUUAUGUACGUCUUUUCUCAAAACCUUUUUAGUGACAAAAGGUAUGCUGCGCUAUGUGCUCUGUUUAAUAGACAAAACUUUCAUUUCACUGAUGCUGUACGUUAUGUAAAUUUGAAAAGGACUUGUGUCCUUGUUGAGAUUUUGUCAGUUCCCAGAGUACCACGAUUAAUGAGAGCCCCGAGAUUAUUGGUGUUCUGCACACCCACCUGGUCUAUUACCAGGCAGCAAAUCCAGUUAGGUUGACUCAAGAGAUCAUCAGCGAUGGUGGUAAAGCACUAUCAGCUAGGUAGACUGAAUUAUUUUCAUACCUAUAUACAUAACUUCGAACAACACUUUUGUAAUAGAGCUAGUGUUAAUAAUCAACUGUCGAGACCAAAGUUGAUGGUACUAUGUUUGAAAUAAAAACUUUGAUAUUGUAAAUGUAAAUGUAAUAUGUAGCUACUUUUCUAAAUAUAUGAUGAACAUUUUAGUCAAAUAGUUAUGAGAUGUCCAAGUUAUUUCAUUCAAUUUCAAUGAUAUAAUGCUGUAAAAAUAUGUGAUUGGCUAUGCGUAGGGCAAUAUACAGUUCUGUUUAUUUAUGGUUGAUAUCUGAGGCAUCCCACUUAAGUCUGGUGUAUUCUGUUUGAUUAUUGAGCACGUAAACAUAAGGUUUACGUUCAAAUUAUACAGCUUGGAUAAAAAUUAGGUAGCUGAUUUCCCCUAAAGUAGAUGCUCUUGUCUAUAUGCAUUAAAUUAGUGAUUCUCAGGAAGUGGGACUAGUAAACAUUUUAACGUAGAUCCCACACCCAUAGACUUAUUGUCUUGUUCCAGAAAACAGCAUUGUGAGCUUUGGUCUAUUUCAGUUGUUAAGGUGUUUAAAAUUGAUAGGUUUCCUGUACUAGAUUUCCUUAAUUUCAAUAUUCCAUUUACUAAGAGGAUCACAAGCUUUUCAUAAUGCAGAUCACUGUUGAUUAUUUUAAUCAUAUGUUUUAUGAAGUGGUUUAUUCUUCUAGACUUAUUCAAGUCUUCUUCUGGCAUGUAUUUUCGUAAGCUUAACUUCAGUCCUGCUUUAACUAUAAUUUUAACAGAAUUUACUCAGAUAAGAUGGUGUACACAAUGUCGAGUCACCUGGACUAGUGACCACAUUGCGACUUGGUCUAUAGGAUUCGAUCUUAUACAAGAAGGAACUGAUGUACAUGACGUUGAUCACCACACAGUGGUCAAUCAAUUGUGAAUCUGCUCAUUUUGCUCUCCAUAUGUCGUACAACUUUCCUACACUCGUGUUAGUUUGGUUAUUUUAUACUUGUCAACUACAGUUCUUGACUGUUGGCAAAUUUUAUCAAUAUUGUUAUUAUGUUCUAAAAGGUUAACUACCGGUCGACCUGAAGAUGAAAUAAAGCAGAUAUUUUCGAGGAAAUAUGUGGUCCUACGGUACGGUGUUCAAAUCGAUUAGUUCUAUCAGUUUACAAUCUCUUGCUUACGGCGACAAGUUUAUUCCUAUGGGUUACUACAAACAGCUUUCUAAAAUAUCUGUUAAAACCAAGGAAAGUCAGGAUUCGAAAAAAGACUUGCCACCCUGGCCUUGUCAUAACCCUUAUUCGUCUCAGUACUCUUCAAACAUCCAUCCAUUAAGGUUUAAAUCUAAACCGAAUGAAACUAGUUUGGAACUAAAAUAUAAGACCGUUUGUCAAGAAACUUGGCGUUGGUUAAACGAAUACUGGUCAUUAUACAAUCUUUCUUAUUCAAAGGCAAAAAAUGCAUUUUUGGAAAAAGAGAAAAUGAAAAAUUUGGAAAAUAAUUCAACUGAACAUAAGAUAUCAGAUAUGGGAGUAUUUCAUCGUGAAUUUUUGGAGGCAAAUAAAAAGCAGAGAAUGGACUUUAAUCUUAAACAAAUGUCUGCAUUACAUAAUAAACGUUCUGUGAUUGAUACACAUUGUCACUUGUGUGAAUCUAUGUUUGAUAAUGAUAUUGACAAUGUAAUCACCCGUGCAAUCUCUUCAAAUGUUCAUGGUGCUAUUGUAUUAACCGAGAAUAGAAAUGAUUUUUCAAAAAUAUUUGAAUUAAAAAAGAGAUAUCCUGACUGGAUUAAUGUUUGUCUUGGGAUUCAUCCUGUUCAGAAACAAGAAGGAACUCACAAUGGACAACGUAGUGUUAACAUGAAAGAUUUAAAACAUAAUCUUGAUAUUAUCCUUCAACAUAAAUAUGAAAUUGUUGGCAUUGGAGAGAUUGGAUUAGAUUUUACACAGACAAUAUGUUCAACUAGUGAAUUACAAGAUUUACAAAAAAGUAUAUUCACUAUACAAAUUCAAUUGGCUAAACAAUUGAAUUUACCAGUAAAUGUUCAUUCACGUUCUGCUGGAAAAGAAACCAUUGACAUAUUAAAAUCUGAAGGUAUUACAAAAGUUCAACUACAUGCUUUCGAUGGUUAUUACUUUUCAAUACCAUCUAGUUUACCAAGAAGUAAACAGAAACAGGAAUUAGUCAAAGCUUUACCAUUGGAUCGUAUUCUAGUUGAAACUGAUGCACCAGUACUAAGUUCAUCUUCAAUACAGAGCCGUACUGAACCAGACGAAGCUAUCAAAGUAUGUGAACACAUUGCAAAAAUAAAAGGAAUAGAUUUUGAAACAGUUUGUCAAAUAACAACUGAAAUGCAUUUAAACUUUAUGGAUCACUGA